CUCGUUCAUGUGUUAUUUGCACAUUGACUUUGUUGUGAAUUCGUCUCACUAUUCCUACCGGCGGCUCACUUUCUUUACAGAAUUUUGCAUCUUUCUGUGAUUUAGUUUCACUCGUUCGUCAAAAAUUUGAAGAAUGUACAACACAAUUUCCACAAUCGUUUUCAGAUCACCUCCUCUUCUUCAUAGCGCUUGGAGAACACAAACGUUGUACAGUUUUAGGUCACUUUCGUUUAAUGGGUCGAAUAAUAUUAAUAGUUUCAGCAGAAUUUUGCAACGAGUAGAUUGCAGAUAUUACGCAGCUCAACAAAAGUCGAGAGAGAAAUCAUUAACAGAAAGCAAGCAGGACGGCGCAAUAACGCUGUCUCUGGGCGAAAAAGUAAAGGAGAAUGCAAAAACUGGAGGAUAUGGACUGGUCGUCGUUGCAGGACUGGUGGUUACGGGUGGACUUUUGUACGUCGUCCUGAGCGAGCUUUUCUCCGGUGACAGUCCCAACAAUAUUUAUACACAUGCCUUCAAACUGUGCAAAUUGUCGACUGAAGUGCAAGACGCCCUAGGCACACCGAUCAAAUGUUAUGGAGAGGAGUCAAGGAGAGGCUGGAGGCGUCAUGUGUCUCACGUGGAAUUUAAUCAAGGGAAUAUUAAAUACCUGAGGAUGAAAUUUUAUAUUGAAGGACCUUUCGGCAAGGCCACUGUAAAUUUGGAGAAGAAAAAGAAUGAAAGUGGCAAAUACGAGUACAGUUAUGUUCUAGUCGAUGUUGAUUAUCCUCCAAGAAGAAUUAAUGUUCAUUUUUAAAAAGACUUUAUGAAUGGAAUUAAUCAUGUUUAUACUAUAUACAAAAGUAGAAAUAUAAAUACAAAGGUAUUAAUUAACCAGAUACCACCACCUUAUCACUAUA